UUCUCAUGGAAAGACAUGGUCUGCAGCCAACAAUGCAACAAGAAAAGAAGUGCAAAUGUUCACCACCUUCCCCAGGUUUGCCACAUUCCACAGGUGGCACUGCUGCGUCUGUCCUGCUGUACUCUGACCCUCAGUCACUCUACUUCACGGUGCGCUCCUGGACUCUCCGUCAUUGUGAGGAAGAGCUGCUCCAACACAGUUUGUUUCCAGCUUUUAACCAGCCUCAGCGAAAUGAGUGUGAGGAAGGACAGCGUGGAGCUGGGCGUCACGAACCUGGGCUUCCGGGACGCAGACGGAGAUGCGUCGGACACCAUCAGCGAAGCCGAGUCCGUGGAGAAGCAGGAGUCCGUGGGGGUGAAGAUGGACCCGGAGGAGAAGUAUAAUCAGAUGAAACCGUACGCCGGGAUGCCCAAAGAGGUGCUGCUGCUGUACUCGUCCCAGGCCCGGUACCGAGUGCCCCGGGAGGUCCUGUUCUGGCUGAUGGUGUGCGUCACCCUGGCGCUGGUGGCCGUCACCAUCACCGUGAUCGCGCUGUCUCCGCGGUGCCUGAGCUGGUGGCAGGCCUCACCGGUGUACCAGGUGUACCCCCGGUCCUUCAAGGACUCGGAUGGAGACGGGGUGGGAGACCUCAAAGGAAUUAUGGAGAAGCUGGAUCACUUUCAGUACCUGAACAUCAAGUCAGUGUGGAUCAGUCCUUUCUACCGCUCUCCCAUGAAGGACUUUGGUUAUGACGUGGAGGAUUUCCGGGACAUCGAUCCGCUGUUUGGAACCAUGCAGGACUUUGAAGAACUCUUGGCUGCAAUGCACGACAGAGGUUUGAAGCUGAUCAUGGAUUUCAUUCCAAAUCACACCAGUGACCGACACCGCUGGUUCAACCUGAGUCGGAUUAGAGACCCUCACUACGACGAUUACUAUGUCUGGGUUGACUGCGAUCCAAAUGGACCAAAGCCGAAUAACUGGGUGAGCAUUUUUGGGAACUCGUCAUGGACUUACGAUGAAGUCAGAGGACAAUGCUACCUGCACCAGUUCCUUAAGGAGCAGCCAGACCUGAACUUCAGGAACCCGAAUGUCUUCCAAGAGAUAAUUGAUAUAAUUCAUUUCUGGCUGAAGAAGGGUGUGGACGGAUUCCGGAUGGAUGCAGUGAAACACAUCCUGGAGGCUGCACACUUGAGGGACGAACCACAGGUGGACCCAAACAAACCUCCAGAGCUGGUAACUACAGAGUGGGACCUCCACAGUGACUACACCACCAGCCAGGUGGGCUUGCAUGACUUGCUGAGGGAAUUUAGGGCCGUGUUGGACACCUACAGUCGAGAGCCUAGCAAAUACAGGUUCAUGGUGACGGAGUCAUACGAUUACGACGAGGUGGAAAAGACCAUGAUGUACUACAGCACCCAUCUGGUCAGAGAAAGUGACUUCCCCUUUAACUUUUACCUGCUGGACUUGCCUCACAAUGCCAGUGGCGUGUGGGCUAAACAUCUGGUCCACAUCUGGAUGGGCAACAUGCCCAGAGGAGAGUGGCCCAACUGGGUGGUUGGUAACCACGACAGGCAUCGAAUCGGCUCCAGUGCUGGUCCGGCCUACGUUCGUGUCAUCAACAUGCUGCUGCUGACCCUUCCUGGCACGCCCACCACCUACUAUGGCGAGGAGAUCGGCAUGGAGAACAUUAAUGUCACGCAGAGUGAGAUACAGGACCCUGCUGGCAAAUACAAUACAAGUGCCAGUCGGGACCCUGAGCGGUCUCCAAUGCAGUGGAAUGGUGACAUGAACGCAGGCUUUAACAACAAAACCAACAUCACCUGGUUGCCUGUGCACCCUGACUACGAAACCGUCAAUGUAGAGGUCCAGAUGAAAGAUUCAGGUUCUGUUCUGUCCCAGUACCGUUUCCUGAGUAACCUCCGGGAGUCGGAGCUUGCUCUUCAUCGAGGAUGGUUCUGCUACAUCCACGCAGAUGCCAAUGUCUUCUCCUAUCUCAGAGAGCUCGAUGGGCUGAACCGAGCUUACCUCAUGGUGCUUAACUUUGGUAAGGAAUCUGCCAUCACAGAUCUCUCCUCCAUUCCUGAGUUACCAGACCAGCUGAUGGUGCUGCUGAGCACAAACCAAGUCAACGACGGCAAAGUGUAUCAGAAGUCUCAGAUCCAGACAGAAGCAGGGGAAGGCUUGGUGAUUCAAUACUCCACUAGCAGGCGGUAUAAUCCCAACCACCCUGAAGAAUGCUACGUCUCUGAGAAGGCCUGCUACUUGCCGACUAUAAACAUACUUUAUAAAUGCUAACAUGAAUGGACGAUAGACUUCAGUUAAUACAGCAAUCAGAUGAUUGAGAUUCUUCAUUUAUAGUCCCUCUAUAAAUGACCUGUGUCACAUAAAGCGAACAACUACAGAUAAUUUCACUGGUGAUGUUGUUCUCCUUGGUGUUGUUAAAGACAUGCAAGAAUUGGUCACUGGUGGACAUUAGUUAAAGUUUCUUUAAAACACAAUAGCAAUAUUUCAAAAUAUUCAGUUGUAGAUUUUAGAUGCGGGACUUCAGAAUGUUUCAUUUCAUCUCCCAGGUCCGAUUUUUACUCUUACUGGACACCUUCGGGUGUUGUGUGUAAAAUUACUGAGUGGAGUUUAAUUGGUGUUUUGCUGCACAUGCUAGAUAUCUGUUCCUGAAAGACUCUGCAGAUGUUGGUACAUCUGCUUUUCAAGGUGGAUGUGGGAAAGCCAUUGGCAACAUACUUUAUAAAUGCUAACAUGAAUGGACGAUAGCCUUCAGCUAAUACAGCAAUCAAAUGAUUGAGAUUCUUCAUUUAUAGUCUCUCCAUAAAAGACCUGUGUCAAAUAAUAAAGUGAACAACUACACAUAA